UCAAAUUCAAGUGAUCAGUUGGCUUUAGGACAGGCAACUAUUCCAGAAUAUUAUAAAACUAUUUUCGAACUUGGAGGAAAUGUCAAUCAGAUACCUUCAUUGAAUGAUGUUUCUUGUGUGUAUGAUAUUCCGCAAUAUACACUUGUACGCUUUCGUGCCAUGAUUCAAAAUACUGGAUUUGGUCACGAAGUUUUUGUUAGUUCUUAUGAAAUGGUCAAUAAUGAUGGCAUAAAGCAAAGGAAAUUUCAUAAAUAUUCAGAUGAAAUUAUCCUUAAGGAUGAGAAUUUAAAUGAUGUAUUAGAAAGUCUAAAUUCUCCUACUAAUGAAUUUAGCGAGAGGCAAUUAUUUUAUUGCACCUCUGUUCCCGGAGAGACGCAGUCUCGAUUAAAAUCUGUAACAGAUAUUGAAGGUUUACAUCAAAAUAAUUUGAAUAAAUUCACAUCGAAAUACCCAUUUCCGAAAGAAAAACAUAUGGCGGCUGUGGUUAAGAUUUAUGAGAAAGAGGAUUCAUUUAAAGUUACAGAUGUUGUUGAAUUUAUUGGAGUACUUAAUUAUCCGAGAAAGGCGACUAACGAUGCGAAUGAAUCGCAAUGCGAAGAAUUUAAUGUCCUUUAUGAAAAUACUGCAUCUUGUUAUACUCCUAGCGUGCAUGUGAUAUUUUAUAGAAAGCUUCAUCCAACAGGAAAUCCGCUAAUACCCACUACAAAUUUAUCUGUAUAUCCUAACGAUGCCAAGCGGGUAAGAAAUGCUAUGAUCCAGUACAUUGCAGCAGCAUUUGGCGGUGAUGAUUUAGUCGCAGAAUUCGUUUUGCUUCAACUUUUGUCUAGAAUACAUCUUCGACAAAAUGGUCUCGCACUCGGAAAACUCGCAUUAAAUAUCAGCAAUGCUCCUAUUGUUGCAAAUGGGAAUUCGAAUAACGAUUUAAGCCUCGAACACGAUAAUUUAUUUGCAAAGCGAAUCUCAUCUGUUCUUGCUUCACUUUUACCAAAAUAUCAUGACCUUCCGCUUACUCUAUCCACACUUAAUGAGGUAUUUUAUUUCCCACGUAGCAAUAAUGAUCUGGAUUCCGGUGUUUUACAAGUUAGUCAAGGCACAUGGUUUUUGAUUGACGAGACAGUGCUAAAAGAAGGAAAAUUGUGCGAUACUGGAAUCCGUAACUUGAAAGCUUUGAACGAUAUAUUGGACCAUCAGAAACUGAACUAUACCUUCCCAUUUAAUAAUUAUGAAUUUGAUACGGAUAUUGGAAUCAUUACAUUAUCAAAUGCUAAAUCAUUUCUUAAUCAUGAUUGUAAUAUUCCUCUUAUUCAAAAACCCGAGAAUAUAACAAUUCUAGAUGUACCAGAAGAUACUUUAAACCAAUUCAGGAACUUUAUUAGUAUUCUUAGAUGGACCGACUUUAAUAUCCCUGAAAAUAUUUCAGAUUAUAUUCAAACAGAUUACGUAACUCAAAGACAGAAAGCCUCGAGAAAUGGAAUACCUUUGAUGUCUCAAGAAGAUUUAAUGCUGCUUUUAAAUUUAUCAAGAUUGGUUGGUUUGAGUUUUGGCUCAUCGGAAUUGACAAAAGAAUUAUGGGAACAUACCAAAAAAUUGGAUGAAGCUAGAAGAGAUCGUAUCUACCAAAAGUAUAAUGUAUGA